UUGGCUCCUUUCAUGGAACAUCUUGGACUGUUUGGUACAAAUUUAGCUCACGGCUAAGAUUCUUUUUAGAUAACAGGCGUCAAUAAGUGAGAAAGACAGUCCGAUAAAUCUUGUGGGAUUAACAUUACAAAUAAUAUAUACAGGUAUUUUUUCAUGUUGAAAGACGUUUUAAAUUAAAUGUGGUACUUCGUGAGCAGUUACAGAACUAGGCUAGCUAGCGUUAGCAUGGACAGGCUAAUGUUAGCUUAACGGUUGAUUGAUGCUACUGCAUUAACCUGAUGGACAUUUCUGAAGAUGGACAACUUUAAUGACACAAUUAAUGGCGAUGAAAUCGACCGGUGUGUGGUCCCCCGAGCAGCCAACGACCACACAUUAAAUGGAGACCCCAGAGUAAUACACAACCUGCGGGCCCUGGAGGAGACCAGCGGGCCGUCCUCCAUUUUUGACGGAGUUCACACCGACAUUCAGCCGUAUAUGAGGCGGAUGCUGGCAGUGUGGAUGUUUCAGGUGUGUGAGGAGCAGAAAUGUGAAGAAGAGGCGUUUCCCCUGGCGGUGCACUACCUGGACUGUUACCUGAGCCGCUUUGACAUUGAGAAGUCCAAGCUGCAGCUUUUAGGAGCAGUCUGUAUGUUUCUGGCCUCCAAAAUGAGAGAGACUGUCCCCCUGACUGCCAGAAAGCUCUGCAUCUACACCGACUGCUCCGUUUCAGUCUCAGACAUCCUGCAGUGGGAGGUAGCAGUGGUGUCCAGAUUAGACUGGUGUCUGGCCUCCGUGGUACCCUCUGACUUCCUGGAGCCAAUUCUUCAUGCUCUCCCCUUCGCUCAACCCCCGCACCUUCAAAACAUGCGCAGGCACGUUCACUCCUACAUCGCUCUCGCAGCCAUGGAUUCCAGGUUUACAGCCUUCCUGCCCUCCACCAUUGCUUGUGCCUGUGUGAGCAUUGCUGUCCUGAAGUUAAAGUUGGUGGAUGCUGCCUCCUCAGAUUCAGUGCCAGAGCUUUUGGCCAACCUUUUGGCCGCUGAUCUGAGCACCGUCCUCCUCUGCUACAACCAGCUAUGGAGUGUGUUAGAGGUCAGCCUGCCUUCCUGUUUCCAGAACAGUGUUUGCAGAUCGGCGGCGCACAGCUCAGGGAUCAGCUACACCCCUGCUGACAUCCAGGAUGUUUUAUUGACACCGGUGACACCAGCUCAGGCAAUUGAGCUGAAACACUCCUCCCUGCAAUGAAAGGUUAGGAUGUGGUCUACAUUUACAGCCUUGAUGGAACAAGAAGCCCAGACCAAAGGCUUGUGUUUAUUACACAUUUUUAAAAGGAAAAAAAUUGUAGCGAUUUCAAUAAUUAAGCUUUGCUUUAAACUCCUGUUGUUGCUGCAUGUUUUUAAGUAUUUUGCAGCUUUGAAAGGUUUAAUUAUUUUUUAUUAAUAUCUGAUCUGACGUGAGGUUUUUAAGCCAUUAACCGUUGAAUUGCUCUGAUAGCAAUGUUUGCACAUUUUACUUGUAAUAUUCUCUGUUAUUCAUGUGUAUGUUGUUUCUUAUAAGUAUUUACAGUUCUGCUGAGUUUAAGUACGUGUUUCAUGCAUGGUUUCAACAGUGCUGACUACAGAUCAAUCCUGUUAAACUAUAACUUAAAACAUCUGUAUAAAGGUCAAAGACAAUGUUAGUCGGCCACUGAGUUCAGUUUUUUUUAUUGAUUUCCUCAUUCCAUUCACGACAGCAUGGCAGAUCACGGUCAUAUAAACGAUAAACUGGUAACUUUAGCAGCAAAAUGUCAAUUUUGUUGCCAUCAAAAAAAGUGUGAAUUGAACCUGCAACAUGAGAUGAGAGACAGAACCGGCAAUGAAAAGCCCUAAUACACAUUUAAUUGUAUAACAAAUUAAACAUGUCUUUCCAAAGGCUGACCACAGGUUCUCCCUGUGUCACCCUUUAUUAUAAAAAAUCAGAGACAUUGUGUAGCUCAGACCUCAAUACAGUCCACAUACCACAUUUCAGAAAUGCCAAGAACGUCCAGUGAAAGUGAGAGAAUAUGUUUAUAUACAAACUGGCUGCAGUGUGCCGAAAAAAAUUAAAUCAUAAAUAAUUAAAAAAAAGUUUUUGUUUUCUACUUUCCAGUUUUCACCAACAGUGUGGUUUUACAGUUUCCAUUAACUGCCUUGUGCAACUUUUAUUACUUACGGCUCAAAUGACGGCCGAUAAAUACAUUAUAUGGUCGUCAGGUCUCCAUUGCCUGAAUGUGUUAUCUCCAGACAUGGACCUGAUGUUGUAAUUAAAUGUCAAUCAAAUUAGGCAACUUCAGCAUGUAACUUCAUAAAGAAACGAUAAAAGCGGUUUAACAAUUAAGCGUGAUAACCAGGUCAGGGAGCCUUAUGCAAUGAAUGAUCUAUUUCCAUAAUUCGGGAUUUUACCAAACUUACUUAAGUGGCUCACCUUAUCCAUCUUAGUAAAAUACUGCAUCACGCGAUAUUCCACCAUUGAUCAUCAAAACUCACUUCAGAUAUACACAAACAAGCUUGUAUUUAAAUGGGUUGAACAAACAAAAUGAAAGUGAAGUGACUUAAUGAGCCCCACCUUUUCUGUGAAACUGCCAUGUAUACAAAAAGUCAACUGCAACUGGUGCUCUUGUAUAAAGAUAGGCUUAAGAGCCAGAGCAGGUUUGACUGGUUACACUUGUGGGUGAGUCAUUAUUAUUAUUCAAGUCAUACUCCACUUACUCCAUACACAAGUCAUGCCAGGAAAAACAACAACAGUAAAAAAAACUAAAAAUGAAAAA